AUGGCGGACGACAUGAAGUGUCCCGCGUGCGGGAAGCGCGAGAUCAAGCACGAGGAGGACCUCGGGUGCGACAUCUGCGCGGCGUGCGGCCACGUCAUCAACGAACGAGGCCUCACGUCCCAGGUCCAGUGGACCGAAGAUGCCGGCGCCAUGGGCACCUACGUCCACGAGGACCGCGGCGGGCAGCUCGCCGCCGCGCGCGGCGCCCUCGCGAUCGGCCCGGGCGGCGUCGGCGCGCACAUCGCCAAGCAGUUCUUCAGGGACGAGGAGGCGACGCACAUGGAGAACAUCACCAAGUCCGUCAACUUCGCGUGCGGACAGCUCAGGCUCGGGAAAGACGCAUCCGCGGAUGCGAAGGCGCUCGUGGUGAAGGCGUGCGACGGGCGGUGGGGCGAAGGAGAGUGGACGACGAUGCUCACGGGCGCGUGCGUGUACGCCGCGAGCAGGCAGAACGCGCUGCCCAUCACCGUGCGGGACGUCGCGGAGGCGUGCCAGCUGGACGUCUUCGCGCUGGGUCGCGUGUACAACAGGCUGAAAUUUCUGCACGAGCUCAAGGUGCCUCCGCUCGACCCGGCGACGUUCGUGGCGCGCGCGGCGGCGGCCAUACCGCAGCUGCGCGACGCGAUGGGAGGUGGGGACGAGAACGACGCGAGGGGGGGGGACGGAGCGAGCCGCGCGUCGGCGUCGGCGGCCAAGGCGAAAAGCAGCCAGGCGAAAAGCGGCCAACAAGGCGAUAAACCCGUAGACAGGGGCGCCAAACUCGCGCCCGUCGUCGAGGACGCCAAGCGCCUGCUCGCGUUCGCCGAGCGGCGGGGUCUGAUGACGGGCCGCGGUCCGUUCCCGAUGGUCGCCGCCGCGCUCGGCGUCGCCGCGGCGGCGAGGGGGAUCGCGUUGCCGCCGGAGGCGUUGGCGGCGGGCGCCAGAGCCGCCGUCACGUCGACCAAAAAAUCGCUCGCCGCGCUCAAACGGGAGCUCGGCACCUUCGCGGCGUCGUGCGCGUGGUUCGGGUCACCCGACGGGUCGCCGCUGGACGACCCAAAUCCGUUCCAAAUCCGUUCAAUCGCGUCGUCGUCGUCGCGCCAUCGGGCCGCUGACGUGGACAAAGUGCUUCCGCUGGCGUUAGCUUCGCUCGCCGACGCCAUCGACGCCGACGACGGCGCUCGGCUGGACGCCAUGCCGGUGGCGUUUCGCGUCGCCGACGGCGUGAGAGCCGCAAGGCUGGCGAAGAUCGAGCGGUGCAAGGUGACAGGUUCCCUGGACGACGAGGACGGGUACGGGGAUGAGGAGUACGGGGACGCGACGGGGGCGGAGGCGGAGGCGGCGGCGGACGCAGCUCCUCCCGAAGAAGCGGCUCCUCCCGAAGCGGCUCCUCCCGAAGCGGCGGCUGACGCGGGUGGCGCGCCGUCGACGUCGGUCGUCGUCGCCGGCCCGGCCCGGCGCCGCGCGCCGAAGCGUCUGGGCCCCAACCGCGGCGGCCUCAAACCCCGGCGCAGGCGGAAACACGCGGGCGGGUUCGCCGGGAUCGAAAACGACGAGGGGAGUCGGCUGGCCAUCGGCGACGCCGCGGUGGGUACGAACGCGUCGACGCCGCCCCCCGCGGCGGCGAGGCUCCUCGAGGGCACGAACGGCGCCUCGGCCGGGGGCGCGCCUCUCGGUUGGACCGACGUGCUGAUCCAGCAGCUGCUGCUGGCGGGGGUACCCGAGCGUCUUGUCGUCGAGGAGGAUGGGCUCUUUCCCGACGUGUCGGUGGACCAAUCGACGGGCGCGGUCAAGCCGGUUCGACCGGUCCGGGCGCGGUCAAGCGCGGUCAAGCCGCCGCCGGACGCUGGGGACGAGAUGGAGGCGGCGGAGACCGCAGCGCAUCGCGUCCUGGAGCGGUGGCGCGCGGAGAGCUCGAGGGACCCGUUGCUCGACGCCGAGGCUGCGGCUGCGGCUGCGGGCGGCGACGACGACGGGGACGACGACGACGAGAGGGCGACGGCGGCGCGGAUCCUCGCGGCGCGCGAGGCGGUGGAGAAGGCGGACGCCGACGCCAUCGCGGCCAUCCCGGACGAGGACGUGGCGGGGUUGAUCAGGACGGAGGAGGAGGCGGCGGUGGUGAAGGCGAUGGCGGCGAGGAGGUUGGUGCAGUUUGACGCAGACGACUACUACAAGAUCAUCGGCGACGACGACGACGAAGACGACGACGGGGACGAAGACGGUCUCGUCCCGGUCGUGAAGGGGGAGCGGGCGGAGGCUGAGACGGAGGACGGCGCGCGAUGA